UGAGUUUGAGAAUAGAGGUCACCAACUGUGUUUGUCGCGAGGGCCGAUGAGAGGGUGUCCACGCAAUUUGUGUUUGCCUGGGGCCUUGGGGAGCUUUUUGUAUUCAGCUUGAUGGGUCUGUGUCCGCACAAACGGCCGGCGGUCUGUUACCUAAGUCUCCCGUGUUCAACAGACCAGACGAGGAUCUACCGAGAGAAUCGAGUGGAAUGAUAAAGAAGGAAGAUCAAGCCCCGUUUUAUUGCCGCUCAAUUGUCCGGACGCCUUUCUGUCCUCUCUGCUGCGGCGCACUGAAAGAAGGGUUGACAUUCAAACAUGCAGACCGUCCGACUCUUGUCCUUUCGGCUCGUCACAUCCCAAUGCGUUUCCCGUGAUUUCAAGCAGCUCAUUCAUCCCUGGUUCAUAAUGUUGAGCAGCCAAUUGUUUUGGAGUUACGCUGGCUAAAACGCACAGGCAGGCGUUUGUGCGGACCAAAGUCGCACUGCCCCCGGCCGCGUUGGUGGCAGCUGGGCGAUUUCGAGAGUAUUGCAGCCCGUUUCCAACCCCAAUAAAGGGGUCUUAGGCCUGCCUUAACCGUAUUUGGCGAUAUCGCGCUGCGGAGCGGCAGAUUACCGGAACGCCCUGCUCUGGGGACAUCGAAAAUUGCACACGGGUUUGGGCCUGAUGCGCCUGGGAAAAAUUGCUCGAGGCUGCGCCUGAAUCGGGAGGAAUACACAUUUCGACUAGCCCGUGGGAUCUCCUGUUUGCUGAUGUAUGUUAACGUAUGCCUUGAAGCAACCGCUUUGGCUUCAAUCUCCUGGAUAGAAUGCACGCCGUCUGCAUCUAUUCCCACAUGUUACACGCCCAAUUCCUCACUACAUAAUAACUCGUCCUGGCCUGCUGCUUCUUUGCUACACUGGAGCCUGGAGCACGAAGUGUCGGCUGCGAAUAGCCGGAACGAGCGUUCUGCUGUGCACGCCGUGACGUGGUGAUCUCUCCUCCCGCAGACGACCGGAAAGUUUCCAGAAUGGGAUGAAUGUGUCGCAGGCUUAUCAGCGGCAAUCUCUUCUUUUCCAGACUUGCGUGCAUCCCCUGUCUGUGCCGCCCCUUGCAUUCCCGCUUCUCUCUUCUGCUUUUCGCUGCCUGUUACACAGGCCAUUCUAUAAUCUUGGCGCAAAUUCCUACUACCAGCCCUUUGAAAAUGGGUAGCAUUCAUCUCGCAAGUCUCUUCCAAGCCAGUAACCUCAGUCCUAGUCAUUUGAGAGCGGCGCGGAAACCUAAAUCUCUUUAUGCCUCUGUCCUGAAUAGGAUAUCAGAAGUGAUGAAUCUCCCAUAUUUUGUGUAACUAGGGUGAUGCUGGGGGCUUGAUCGGGGAUAUUUAUACAGUUCAUGCGAUCGGCGUUUGCAUUUUACAGCCCCCUUUGAUAGCACAAAUUCAAAGAGCUCAAGGACACCGAAAUUGCUGUUGUCCAAUGCGUAAAGACGUCCAAAUUUAUACCGGAAAUUGAUCAAACUCGACUGCGUAAUAGAAGGCGGAAAUUUUUGAGCUUCUUUCGAUAUACUGCAUGAUAUGGGUGACUUCGGAUAUCUGCUCCGCGUCCUACAGUUCCGGCUUCAGUAGAAUCUUACACUGCUGGAGAUGUGGGCCGUAGGAGUCGAAGCGUUUACAUCGUACAAGCUAGUCCUUGAAUGAAUCUCAGCUAGCUCUCCGAC